AUGGCUGGUGUUGAGGCUGAGAAAAUAGUACCAAACACAGAAGAGAAGACGACCAACGAGACGCCUAAUGAAACUAUUCAAGCUGAUGGCUCUGAGACAGCUCCAGUUAAAGAUGAGAAACCGGUAGAAGUUCCAGCAGCUGUCGGGGAGAAAGACUUUAAGCCGACGGCAGAGGAGGAGAAAACUAGUGAAGUCAAGACAGUGUAAUAAACUGCUUUUUUUAACCCGUGAGAACAUUUAUUGUGUGUUUUUGUGUGUGUUGAAUCCUAUGUUUACGAAAUAUUGGGUAAUGAUGAGUUUGGGAUAACAAUAAAACAUUUCAGGGGCGAGUAUGAUUGUUGUAAUGUCUAAUGAAAAUAAAUAUAUCAUGGG